CGGACUAAUUGCUCACAUUUCAGACUAAAUUCAUAACGAUUGCAGUGAAUACAACGUACUAUCGAAUAACAUGGAAACUGUGGUGUUCUUUUUGAUAAUCACUUCGUUUUUCUGCGCGAUUAAUUGUCGCAUAUCGCGGAGCAGUGAAGCGCAAUGCCUUAGUUAUUACAACAACGAAGAGAAUUUUGAUUUGGAUACGUUAUCGGGACAAAUGUACGCGGUCUAUUACUGGCCCCCGAAUCAGAGAACGAGAAACGCCUGCGAAGUACAAACCUUCAAGAAACUCGAGACGCACGAGAUAGAAACCGCUAGGAACGGCUGCUCGAACCUCAGCCUCCCUUCAGAGGAGCCGGUCAUCAGGGCCACGUACAAGAACAGCACCGGCAAAAUCGUGAACGUCUUGUACUAUGGGAGCGAUUCGGUGAAGAACUUCUACAGGUCCUGCGACAAGGACGUCGCUAAGUACAUAUUCACGAGGGUCAACGAGGAUUACAUUCUGGGCAUCAAUUGCUCGUCGGAGGGGCGUAGCGUGCUGCUGUCCAAGCUCUUAGGCUCGCUGUCGACGGUCAAAAGGAUCGUGGACGGUAUAGAUAUUAUGACCGGAAGAGAGGGAAGCCCGGAUUGUGUGCUCGAACAUUAAUACCGGAUCAAUGUCGAAUACUAUGUGUUUUAUUUCCGUGAUUAUUUAUAUCGAGUGGCUAUUCGAUUUAAGCGACAUUCCGUUUAUUACGCGACAUUUAUCUUUGUAAUUAAAGGUACGUUUUAUUUGAUACUAGCGACCCGCUCUCGCUUCG